CGUCACAUUGGGACCAAAAUGAAAAGAGUAGCAUUGAGGGAGAGAUUUCCGAUUAAAAUUGUGCUGCUAGCUGCAAAAAUGAGAGAUAUUUUAUAAAAGCGUUUUGUUUUUAUUCGUUCUAACUGGAUAGAGAGCAAGCAGCUGCGGUUUUGAACUGAUUUUAUAGUAUUUUUAAGGCACCACACUGAUUUGUUUUGUUAUGUAGCAGCGUUUAAAGUUAGCAUAAGCUAACACAGGUGUUUAUAUUUACAUUUCAGUGUAAAGUUUGUGCUGGUUAACUGCUUUGUGCUGGUUAACUGCUUUGUGCUGGUUAACUGUUUUGUGCUGGUUAACUGCUUUGUGCUGGUUAACUGCUUUGUGCUGGUUAACUGUUUUGUGCUGGUUAACUGCUUUGUGCUGGUUAACUGCUUUGUGCUGGUUAACUGUUGGUAGCUGAAACAGAAACUAGCUCUUUAUAUGUUUAUAUUUAGGCAAGUUGCUAUAAGAUCAGGGUUUUCACUGACAGCACUGAAUCUUUCAGAAUGGAGCUGCAGGUUGUUGAGAGAGCAAAGCUUUUUUGGUCUCAAGUGGACGUGGACUUGGCUUUUGAAGAGCUGUUGGACUUCCUGCUGUGUUUAAGAGAAGCUAUUAAAAGUAAAACUGCCUCGGAUAAAGGCUACAUCCAGGGCAUGAAUAUUAUUAUGGAGUCUGAGGUGUCGCUGACUGCAGCUUUGAGGAAUGACUCCUUUGAGGAGGUGUUGAUCGGUGAAGACAUACUGACAGUGUCUGUAUCAGACUCGCAUUGCACUGUACUGAAAAUGAAGGAUCUUCCUGUGCCAGAAGACACCUUGCUUGAUGAUGCAUCAAGGAACCCAGAGUCUGAUAACAGUCAGAUGUCUUCAUCGGGCAGAAACGAUGCUAAGUUAACAGGGAGGUUAGACGCGUAUGACUAUAUGAUGCUGCUGUCCCCGACAAAUCUUUUUUCUGAUGACCAGUUGGCCCCUGUUUCACCUGUCCAGCUUUCCUAUCAACAGCACGACUGCAGCCCAGCCUGUCUCCCUCACCUCCCAGCUCACUCGGACCACUUUCUUGGCCACAACCCCUUGCGAGUGCCUCUUAUCUGCCGGUUCCAGCGGCACUGUGCCAAACCACUCAUGUUGUCCGUACAAGAGGACUUGGACUCAGAUGUGGUCUACAAAGCCCCGUGUGGGCGGAGCUUGUGCUGCAUGGAUGAUGUGUAUCAGUUCUUACAGCAGACUAAAAGCCUUGGGGUCCUGCAGCAGACCAAUUUCAGCUUCAAUCCAUUUGUCCUGCCAGAGCGUCAGGCCCAGCCAAGGCCACUCGCCCCCGCUUCUCCUCAUCCAACAACCAGUAUUUUUGAGCGGGAUAUAAGCCGUGGGAUGGAAGCUGUUCCGGUCACUCUGUGUAAUGACUUGGAUGGUGUACGACCAAAAGAGUUUCGUUAUCGUAAGGAUCGCUGGCCUCACGGCUGCUUCUUAAGCAAGGCGCCAUAUUUCCUGACCUGCUGUGACUGCACGGACGGAUGCGCAGACAGUUCCAGCUGUUUAUGUCUUCAGCUGUCUCUAAACACUGGAGCAAAGCCAGACGAGCUUUACAGACACCAUCGGCUAAAUGAGCCUGUGGCCACUGGGCUGUACGAAUGUGGUCCGUGGUGCGGGUGUCAAAAAAGCAUCUGUCAGAAUCGUGUGGUCCAGCAUGGACUCCGUGUCCGCUUGCAGGUGUUUCGCACCAGUGACAAAGGAUGGGGCGUGCGUUGCUGUGACGACCUCGACACAGGCACCUUCAUCUGUACCUACGCAGGUGUUGUCCUCCGACUAGGGAAGAACUUAGAGGAACCCUUUCUCCCUAAAGCCCAGAAGGAGGAGCAGCUGUCGGAUGAUGAGGUGGAAGUGGUGGAGGAGUGGACGCUUCCCUCAGGGCAGAAGAAAACAGGAACAUUGACUACUGAGACACUGGAUACUUCUCCAGCACUUUACGUUCCUGUGAUUCAGAGGUCUGCAGACCAGCCCUCUACACCGCACGAUGGGAGAGAACAGCCGGAGCACACGGUCGACCAGGAGGAAAUGAACAGCUGUUCAUCACCUAAUCCCAAUCACACAGAAAUCAAAGAGCAACGUAACAAAGAAGGCGUGAGGAAGAGACUUCGGUUGGAUGACAAGAAAAACGGCGGUAUAGUACAUCGAGAUCAGAUGGUGCGUAAAGUAGGCAAACCCGACUUUCAGGAAAGGACGUAUUAUCUUGAUGGUUCAAAAGAAGGAAAUGUGGGAAGGUUUAUUAAUCACAGCUGCAAUCCCAACCUGUUUGUCCAGAACGUCUUUGUCGAUACCCACGAUCCCAAUUUCCCAGUAAUUGCUUUCUUUACAAGCCAGUCAAUCACAGCAGGGACUGAGCUGACCUGGAAUUAUUUCUAUAAAAAAGGAAGUGAUCCUGAGCAUGAGGUACCGUGUCUGUGUGGUUCAACUGACUGCCAAGCAGUUAUAAUCUGACCAUCAUGACCAGCUAUGUGAAAGGUUAGCUCAGGACUAAGGGUAAGCAUAAGACCUAAGGCUCAGAAACAUGUGGAUAUAAAAUCUGUGCAAUGUGCUUUGUUUUGAAGCAGUAAAUGCUCAGCAUCGGCGUAUUCCUGAACAAUGCUUUCAAUAAUAAAAGCUGAAUAAAGUCAGACGGUGUUUGAUGGUUCUACACUGUUCAUCUAUUAAAAAUAGUAGAAACAGUCAUUCUUUAAUGGUUUAUGACACUGUUUUUUUUUUUUGUACAAUGUUCAAAAUAAAAUGUUUCAGGAAAUAAAAUCUGCAUCUUUCACAGUCUUUGAUAUGGCUGUGCUCUUGGAUGAUGUGGAAUUUACUGAUCAAAUCAUCUGUUAUUGCACUGUGUAAAGUAAUAGUUUUAUGGAUUAAAGAUGUAUUGUGUUACCCGA